GCACAUCCUCGCUACGACAACAACAAACACCGCCGUCGCCGAUGCAAAGCUGCAAUCAAAUCGUGCCUAUGCUCUUCCGUAUCGACAACAUUAACCCCAAAGUAAAACGGGCUCGCAACAUGUUACAUGCAGCCAGCGGCUGUCUUGACGCGAGCCCCACGUAUCCAAGACGACGUCGAAAUGCCGUCGUCGUGCCUAUAGUGUUGCUCAACCAGCCCCUCCCCCCCCGACUCGUACGUCGUUCUCAUACGACAGAAUGAGCAGCAGCUCGCAUUUCUCGACGUCUCGGUGAAUGAUGGCCCGGGGGUGAUUGCUGGCUCGAUGUCAGGCCUCGACAGUCCGACACUUAUACCGCACUGGACGAGCAGGCC